AUGGCAUCCAAAUCCACAGCCAGUUCUUCCUCUGCCGCACCAACCAUCUUCCAGCCCGGAACCUUAGUUGAAAUCAGCAUCAACGAAGCUGGAUUCCGAGGUUCAUGGUUCACCGGAAAGAUUGUCCGUCGUCUCGGAGGUCACAAUUUUGUUGUGGAGUUUGACAAAAUAAUGGUGGAUGAGAAGGGAACAAAGGGCCUCCAAGAAACUGUUGACCGUUCCCAGCUCCGUCCAAUUCCUCCAAAGGAGAUCAUCCAGGACUUCCAACCUGGUGCUGGAGUUGACGCUUAUUACAACGACGGAUGGUGGGAGGGUAUCUACGCUGGAUCAUUAGAGGACGGUAGGAGUAUGGUGUGUUUCAGAGAUUCGUCACAAGCGUACCCCGACAACGAACUCAGGCUCCACCAUGAUUGGGUCGACGGAAGCUGGAUCCCACCAUUUCCACAACAGGAUGAAAGUGAAAUCAAGAAAAAGGUGAGGGUGAAGGCUUUUGAAACUGUGACUGAAGACAAUGUUGAUUUCAGGUUCAAACCAGGGACAUUGGUUGAGGUGUGCAGUGAUGAAGAUGGUUUAAAAGGGGUUUGGUUUUGUGCAACCCUAGUUGAGCCAAAGCCGGGUUGUAAAUUUGUUGUUGAAUAUGAAAGUCUUAUAGAGGAUGAUUAUUUAAAGCCUUUGAGAGAGGAAGUCAGUCUAUAUCAGAUUAGGCCUCGUCCCCCAAAAACUGAUGAUGUUGAUCAGUUUAAGUUUUUUGAUGAAGUUGAUGCAUAUUAUAAGGACGGUUGGUGGGUUGGGAUUGUUUCUAAAGUUCUCGGAGACUCGAAAUAUAUUGUUUAUUUUCGAAACUCCAAUGAAGAAAUGGAGUUUCAACAUUCCCAGUUGAGGCUGCAUCAGGAUUGGGUGGAUCAUCAAUGGGUAAUGGCUUCUAAGUGUGUUGGAUUGCAUAUUGUCACUAUUGCUUUUAUGAUCUAG